UGAUUUCUGAAUUUACAACAAUACAAAUCAAUCUCGUCUUCGACAUGAGCAGCGUUGAAAAACUUCUUAGACAAGGACAAGUAAAUCAAGAGGAUCUUCUAACUGAGAGAGCAGACAAUCUUCUCAAUGAAUUUAUCCGUCCGGAAGAUUCAACAUAUGGAGAUACCAAAGGAAAGAAGGAAGAAACGAAAACUUCAAAUACAAUUAGAGUUAGAAGAACAAUGAGCUAUUCUUCACGUGUUCUUCCCAAUCAUUGCAUUCGGUGCUUCUCUUCUUCUGUUCAUCCAAGUGCUCAUUGCCAUUGCAGCCGUCUACUAUGGCUCUUAAUGAACUUAUUCUCUUAAAUUUCUCAAUAAAUCAAUUU